CGGCAGAUGGCUGCUCAUCCUGAGCCUGGUUCUGCUGGAGGUUUCUUCCUUUUAAAGGGAGUUUUCCUCUCCACUGUUGCCUUGUGCUUGCUCAGGAUGGGGGAUCCCUUGGUUUAAACAUCCAUCGCGAUCUGCUGGUGACCCCUCCGCAGAAUCGCCACCUUAACGUGGUGGAGGGGUUUGAGUAUCCCAAUGACCCAMAUGGAGAUUUUGUCUUGGGGUUCAGCCAGUAGCGAGGCUUCCCAGGGCAGGUUGCCAUUGGGGAGGGAUCAGACUAAGAGCGAUUCAAGAUUUUCAGURAAGGACUACCAAAGGUAUCAGGYGGUUAGGAAAUGGACAGGAUCGGAUAUUUCUUCCUGUAAGUUCUUUGAGAUUUUUCUUGCACUUCCWUACUUAGAUAUUUUGUCUGUAUGGAGGCCGUGUGUGUGUUUGAUCUUGGCAGUUUAGAUAAACUGCAUGGUAAGUCUGACUAACUUGCAGUACAAUCUUGAUAAAACCUAUCAAGAUUGCAGGUUAUCUAUCAAGAUCCUGAUAGGUUUGCAAAUGCAAAUAAAACCUGCACUGCACUGAAGGUUUUAUCUGCAGUUCGCAAGUUAGUGCACUGCUCUGCUAUGCACCUCUUCUCCCACCAAACAGGAAUCAUGAAAACAGCAAAAAUAAUUGCUGCCCCAGUUUAUUUGAUUUGGUGUGUAAAACCAGUCUUGUCUGCUCGUCUUAUCCGUAAUUGUCAUGUUGCCUCCUUAACGCUAGUGGGCGCUGUUUCUGAAUGCAAACUUUUCAAUUCAAACAAGAUGGCAGCGCCCUGUGAGCUUCGUGCAGGACUGAAGACACGAAUCCAACAUCAAAAAAAUAAAGAUAAACUAAGCGUGACGGCAUUUUUAAAUGCAGGUAUGUUUAAAACAGUAAAAUACUUUUUUAAAUGUCUUUUAUAUCGUCAUCGUGUGAAAGGACAGCGAAAGAUGAGCCAUGACAUCUGCAGGAAAACCAUCUAAGAAAGAUCUCAAAAAGCAUAUCCAAAGUAAGGCCUCCUUCACAUCACCCUUCAGUUCAAAAUGGAGGCCACUUUUACAGAAGGACCAGGACUUCAUCCUGAGAACUUUAAAGGACAAAAUAAUCGCCACAGGCCUGGAGAAGAAAGAGGUGAAAAUGUCUUGCCAGUGGAGGAAAAAGAAGGAGAAUAAACCAGAUGCUGCUGCAGAUCCUGUUCCCCAGAUGGGUGAGGAGGUGCAAGGGUCCAACCCGACCAGAAACGGCUGGACAGAUAUGGCGGCCAGACGGCAGCUGGCCAUCGGCAUCAACGAGGUCACCAAGGCACUAGAGAGGAACCAGCUCCAGCUGCUGCUUGUUUGUAAGUCCAUCAGACCGCAGCUCAUGACGAACCACCUGAUCGCUCUGAGCGCAACGAGAGGCGUGCCGGCCUGCCAGGUGCCCCGCAUGAGCGAGACUGUGGCGGCGCACCUGGGGCUCAAAAGCGUCCUCGCUCUGGGGUUCAGACGGUGUUCUUCUGAAGACAAGGAGAUGUUCAGGGACACAGUGGAUGCCAUUAAACCCAGAGUGCCUUCRCUGGAAGUUGAUUGGCUGACAGUUGAAGCAGCUGCAGUGCCAGCUGAACUCACGGCCGACCUGGAGGAGGGAGAGGAGCAGACGGAGGAGGCGAAGGAGGAGGAAGGAGGGAGAAGAGCACAAAAACGGAAGCUGGAGAUUGAAUCUGAAAUCACAGACUCUGCCUUGUCCUGCACUCUGCGGCCUCUGAAAGUAAAGAGAAUUGUUCCAAACCCUGCUAAGAAAAGAAGAACAAAACUGAAGAAACAGAAAUGAAAGACCUUCACCUGUUGCUUCUGUUGUUUUAUUUUGUUUGCGUAAUGUUGGAACUUUGACAGCCAUCAAAACAGCUUUAACUGYAUCAGUUUUGAUGAAUUGAUCUGAUCUUUUUACCGUUUUGUGAUAAAACAUUAUAGUUUGCAGCUGUGUAGUUAUGACAUUUCUUCUUUUAUGAACCUUGUUUAUAAUGUUUAAAAGUUGUUCUGCAAAAUCUAAUAAAAGACAGUACUGUUCAAGUUAAGAACGGA